AUGGCCACCUACGCCCUCCCCCAGUCCCACCGGGACCAAAUGGAGAAGUCUCUCGUCGAGUCCGACCCUGAGAUCGCUCAGAUCAUGGAAAAAGAAAUCCAGCGUCAGCGUGAAUCCAUUGUCCUGAUCGCCUCGGAGAACUUCACCUCCCACGCCGUCUUCAAUGCCCUUGGCUCUCCCAUGUCCAACAAGUACUCUGAGGGUUAUCCCGGUGCCCGUUACUAUGGUGGUAACCAGCACAUCGAUGCCAUCGAGCUUACUUGCCAGGCUCGUGCCCUCAAGGCCUUCAACCUCGACUCCGAGAAGUGGGGUGUCAACGUGCAGUGCCUCAGUGGAAGCCCUGCCAACCUCCAGGUCUACCAGGCUCUCAUGCGCCCCCACGACCGCCUCAUGGGUCUCGACCUCCCCCACGGUGGUCACUUGAGUCACGGUUACCAGACUCCUGCCCGCAAGAUCUCCGCUGUCUCCACCUACUUCGAGACUCUCCCCUACCGUGUCAACCUUGAGACUGGUAUCAUUGACUACGAUACCCUUGAGGCCAACGCCGAGCUCUACCGCCCCAAGAUCCUGGUCGCUGGUACCUCCGCUUACUGCCGUCUCAUUGACUACGAGCGUAUGCGCAAGAUCGCCGACAAGGUUGGCGCCUACCUCGUCGUCGACAUGGCUCACAUCUCCGGUCUGAUCGCCGCCGGUGUUAUCCCCUCUCCCUUCGAGUACGCCGAUGUCGUCACCACCACCACCCACAAGUCCCUCCGUGGUCCCCGUGGUGCCAUGAUCUUCUUCCGCAAGGGUGUCCGCAGCCACGACGCCAAGACCGGCAAGGACAUCAUGUACGACCUUGAGGGUCCCAUCAACUUCUCCGUCUUCCCUGGUCACCAGGGUGGUCCCCACAACCACACCAUCACUGCCCUUGCCGUUGCCCUCAAGCAGGCUGCUUCCCCUGAGUUCAAGCUCUACCAGGAGCAGGUCAUCAAGAACGCCAAGGCCCUUGAGAAUGAGUUCAAGGCUCUGGGCCACAAGCUCGUCUCUGACGGUACCGACAGCCACAUGGUUCUCGUCGAUCUCCGCCCCAAGAGCCUCGACGGUGCCCGUGUUGAGGCUGUCCUCGAGCAGAUCAACAUUGCCUGCAACAAGAACUCCAUCCCCGGUGACAAGUCCGCUCUCACCCCCUGCGGUAUCCGCAUUGGUGCCCCCGCUAUGACCACCCGUGGCAUGUCCGAGGAUGACUUCAAGCGCAUUGCCCGCUACAUUGACCAGUCCAUCAACAUCUGCAAGCAGGUCCAGAGCGAGCUGCCCCAGGGUGCCAACAAGCUCAAGGACUUCAAGGCCAAGGUUGCUUCCGAGACCGUCCCCGAGAUCCUCGAGCUCCGCAAGGAGAUUGCCCAGUGGGCCAGCACCUUCCCCCUCCCCGUCUAA